AUGAUUCCAUUUCGAUCUUACGGUCAACCACCACCUGAUGAAAAAUUUAUUGAACUCGAUUAUUUUGAACUUCGUGUCAACAAUUAUAUUGUUCCAUCGAAUGAUACAACAUAUCAUUGUAAAAUUUAUAAAUACAAAACAUUGAUCGAUGAUGAGAAUUCCGAUCUUGUUCACCAUUUACUUUUACAUGGAUGUAAUUCUUCAUUUAUUUUUAAUGAUAAUAAUCUUCCUGAUGAAGUAUGUGAUGAUAUUGUCGAUCAAAGUGAACUUUGUGCGACAAAUAUUGCUACUGGUUGGGCAAUCGGUGGUGAUCAUAUACUUGAAUUUCCUGAAAAAGCUGGAUGUCCAAUUGGAGUGAACUUUCCAAAUAGAUGUUUUAUGAUUCAAACACAUUAUGACAAUUCAAAACAAACUUCAAAUCGUCGUGAUAAUUCUGGAAUUCGAUUUUAUCUUGAUAAUAAACUUCGUCAACAUGAUCUUGGUUAUUUAAGACUUGGUACAGUUUCAACUCUUUUUGGUCUUAUUAUUCCACCAAAAGUUGAAAAUUUUAUUGUUGAUUCCUAUUGUCCCAGUGUUAGUUUAUGGGCUAAAUUAAUUCGUAAUAAAACAGCUGUUGAAUAUUUAUUUAAUGCUGAAUCAUAUAAUUUUAAUUAUCAAUUUGAAAAUCGUUUAACAAAAAGAAUUCAACUUUAUCCAGGUGGACAAGGAACAAGAGAUGAAAUGUGUUUACAUUUUUUCAGUUAUUAUCCUCGAAUUGAUGAUCUUUCUAUAUGUUUCACUAUGAAUACAGCUCAAUCAUUACAGACAUUAAUAAAUUCUAAAUCACAAUUUGAUUUUUAUACUGCCAGAAAAUGGUUACAUGAUUUGAUAUGGACAAUAGAAUCAUGCAAACAAUGA